AUGAAUUAAAACUAAGUUCUCAGUCGUCUCUCUUGCAAGGAUAUCAAUGAUUAUAGUUUUAUAAAGAUGUUGGGCACAGGAUCAUAUAGUGAAGUCUUUUAGGGCAAAAACAAAACAAACGGAGAAGAAACUGCCAUCAAAGUGAUUGAUAAGGUAUUUUUAGCAAAGCAAAAUAAAAGUCAUCUCAUCUAUUUGGAAUCUAAUGCUCUUACGUCAAUAAAUCAUCCUGGUGUUAUAAAAUGUUACGCUACGUACGAGUCUAAUACAAAGUUAUAUCUCUCCCUUGAAUUGAUGAAUUGGGGCACAUUCAGGGAUUUCAUCAAAGAAAGACAACUUACAACGAGGGAAAUUCAAUUUUAUGCUGCCUAAUUGGUUGUCAUUUUAGAGCAAGUUCACAAACGAGGAGUAGUUCAUAGAGAUGUCAAACCCGAGAACCUGAUGAUGACACAGGACAAAUUCAUAAAGCUAAUUGAUUUCGGGACCAUCCUUUUAUUUAAAGGAAACGAGGUUAUAAAGGAAGAAUCCGAUAUAAAAUUUUGCAGAAAAUCCAGUUUUUGUGGAACAGGAGAAUACUUGUCUCCAGAAUUACUUGAUCAAAAUUGUUGUGGUCCUCAAUCAGAUCUCUGGGCACUAGGUGUGAUUAUUUAUGAAUUGUUCACUGGAAAAACACCCUUUCAAAGUGACGUUGAAUACAUUAUGUUCCAAAACAUCUCAGACAAAGAACCAAACUAUGAUUUAAUCAAGGAUCAGACUGCUGUGGAUUUUAUAUAGAUGCUCUUAACCAAAGAUGCAAGCACAAGAUUAACAGAAGCUAUUGAAAAUGAUUGUGAUUAUUCAAUCCUAAAGUAACAUCCCUUCUUAUCCAAUGUGAACUUUGAAACUUUGUGGGUAGAACAAAAAGAAACACAGGAACAACCUAAAUUCGAAAGGAAAAAUAUUCUGAGAGGUAAAACAACCUUAGUUAAUGAUGGAGUAUCUUUGAUUCUAAGUGGUAUUGUUGAUAAACAUUCAGGAGUUCUAAUGUUUGGAUAAUACACGCCUAGAACUAUGCAACUAAUUUAAAAACAUUUUUCUUAAGAACUUUUUUAUUAUAAUCCAUAUAAAAAGAAAAAUCAUCAAAUAGAAUUGAUCAAAGCUAAAUGUAAAUUAGGGAAUGAUGGUGAAUUUGUAAUUACCAGUAACAAUAAAAAAUAUUUCUUUAAAUAAAGAGAACAUCCAGCAACUUAGUGGGUGGCCUUAAUCAAUAAUGCAAUCUCUUAUAACAAAUAAUUUUAAUAAUGAAUAUAAUAAAGUUAAUUAAUAACAAAAUUCAUCAA